AUGCUGGCGUUCCAUAUUGCUCUAUAUGCCAUCAUCGGCACCUGUUUUGCCUUCUCCGUGAUUGAGCUAGGACUGUGUGCCUAUGUGGUUGCUGUCUACACUGGUAGUCGCACGGAAUCGUACUAUGAUUUCAUUGCAGGUAACGAAGUCUCGCGGACUGUCCACGUCAGUACCCCGGGCAUCUUGGCUUUCCUUGUCUUCUCUGCCGUCUGGUCUAUGCUAGUCUCAGUCGUUGGCCUGGCCUUACCUCGGCUCCUCACUAGCAAGGGCAAGGCCACUGUCAAAUCGAACAAUAUGCUCGGUGUCAUCUUUACCGUUCUCUAUGGUGUCACCUGGGUGUUCUGGCUGGCCUGCUUUGCCGAUAUCGCGGCCAAUCUUGAUGGUAUCACCAGCUACAACGACUACUUGAACGCGGUGAUUGCCUUUGCCGUCCUGCUUUGGCUCCUCUUUAUGGCCCUUUUCAUCCUGUCGAUUCUAGCACUUUGCGGCGUGCUCUUCUCCGACUGGCUCGGCUAUCAAUCUAUGCGCAAUGCUGAGGCAGGCCACGCGCCGCAGGAAGUUCGGGAAGCCGGUCUUCCUGCUCAUGAUGCCACUGCUCAUGAUGUGCCUACCAGUACGGUUCCUGCUCCUCCUCCGUCAGAGUUGUCAAUUCGCAAUCGUGAUGCUGAGGCUACGCAUAACCAGACCAUUAGUAGCACUCAUAGCGUCUCAUCGCCGUCGGCAAUUACCAGCGUGGAGCUUAGCGGGGAUAGCGCCGUCCACCCGUCCCACACGAGCCACGCCUAA